AUGGAGCAGCUCAAGCACGCCGCCGACCACACCAAAGUCGUCGUCCGACUGCCCGAGAAAUGGCUGAACAUGUACAGCGACUUCAUCACCAAGAACGCCGGCGCGGUGGGCCAGGUAGAGGGCGCGUUGCGCUCCAUUGCCUACAUCAUCCCCGGCCGCUUCAGAGAAUCCGAGCUUGCGUCUGAAUCGCUCAAUUCCUCCGUCCAGCUCCUCUCGCUCUACCAUGACUCCCUCCUCACACGCGCGCUGGCGCAUUCGCUGCAGCAGAAGCAGCACCAGAGCCCGCAUAACCGCUACACGCGCUACUACUGCUCGCGAAGUCCCACCUACCGACGCACGGCGACGAUGCUGCAGGUGGUGCAGUACACCGAGCUGCUACUGGAGAUGAUGGCGAAGCGAAGAGGAGAGAAGACGAGAUGGAGGGUGGUAGUGCUGCUGGAGGCGAUCAAAGCGUUGUGUCGAUUGGUGCUGAUGCGACUGACGAACUCGCGACCGCUGCUCAGUCCGCCACUGCCCGAGCGAGAGCCUAUGGAGGAAAAGGCGGAGGAGGAGACGAUACACAGUCCGCCAUCGGAGACGACUACAUUCUCGGAAGCGGGCAGUGAGCAGUGGACCAUGCCGCGCACAUCUCUUACCCUACCGCCUCUCCCGACAUCCAACGACAUCUCAUCGUAUUUGAUGUCCAAAGUGCUCACCGCCGACGACAUCAAACCGCCCAAAGCGCUUCUUCAUCGCGUUAGCGGGAUUGGCGAGGCAGCGGAGAUCAUGUACAUUCUGCGCCCCGUCAUCUACGCCGCCGCCAUGUCAUACUGGAGCCAACGAGAUGAAGGGAAGCGUAAGGCAGACUGGCGGCCGUGGUUACUCGGCAUCAGCAUCGAAUACGCCGCGCGACAACUUGCAAAGAAGGACCUCGAAAGCAGACGACCUGGCGGCGCAAGAGGACUCACGCAGCUGGAGAAGGAGGAGUUGAAGCGACGAGGGUGGGCGCUGAGCUGGUGGGCGAUGCGCGGCACAUUUUAUGAGAAUGUCACCAAGGGAAUGAUCCAAGGGUUUGCGAAGAAGCUGCAGAACAAGCCGCUGCUGGACAUGGUGGGCAAUUUGCUGCAGGACUACGAGUAUCUUUGGGACGACUUUUACUUCAGCACAUCUACUAUUGGCGGUGUCGCUGUCCCGUCCUGUCCUACCCCACCCUCCGCCUCCCUCCCAGGCAUCACCUUCCCGCGUCACCCUGCCUUCACCAACCAUCCCCUAUCGACCUACAAUCCAUCCUCUCAACCCGCCUGCACCCGAACAACACCUUCUACCAACAAGAUGCGUUCCAAGUUCAAGGAUGAGCAUCCCUUUGAGAAGCGCAAGGCCGAAGCAGAGAGGAUCCGCAGCAAGUACUCCGACCGCAUCCCCGUCAUCUGCGAGAAGGUGGAGAAGAGCGACAUUGCGACGAUCGACAAGAAGAAGUACCUCGUCCCCGCCGACCUCACCGUCGGCCAGUUCGUCUACGUCAUCCGCAAGCGCAUCAAGUUGAGCCCCGAAAAGGCCAUCUUCAUCUUCGUCGACGAGGUGCUGCCGCCGACUGCUGCGCUCAUGAGCAGCAUCUACGAGGAGCACAAGGAUGAGGACGGAUUCCUUUACAUCACCUACUCCGGCGAGAACACCUUCGGCGAGUCUUCGUAA